CCCGGCACGUUCCGUCCCCCUCCCAACAUCGCCUCCGAGACCUCUGGAAAGCCCUUCUGCGGACAGAAGUAGGAAGAAGCCGAGGAAGAAGAAAAAAAGCCUUAUUUAUUAUCAUUUUCCCCACUGUUGGCAUGGCAACACCAGCGUACGUUACCGAGCUUCAAGCAGCCCCGCAGCCAGCCCCACCACCACAGGCCCCGCCCCAGCCCCCGCCGCCACCAGCGGCGCCCCAGCCCCCCCAGCCGCCUGCCACCGCCGCUACCCCCCAGCCCCAGUAUGUCACUGAGCUGCAGAGCCCCCAGCCCCAGGCGCAGCCACCAGGCAGCCAGAAGCAGUACGUGACAGAGCUGCCGGCCACCCCCACGCCCUCGCAGCCGGCUGGCGCACCCACCCCGUCCCCGGCGUCCCAGCAGUACAUCGUGGUCACCGUCUCUGAAGGCGCUAUGCGGGCCAGUGAGACUGUAUCAGAGGCCAGCCCAGGCUCCACAGCCAGCCAGACCGGAGUCCCCACUCAGGUGGUUCAGCAGGUGCAGGGCACCCAGCAGCGUCUGCUGGUCCAGACGAGCGUGCAGGCCAAGCCGGGCCAUGUGUCACCCCUCCAGCUCACCAACAUCCCAGUGCCCCAGCAGGCUCUCCCCACGCAGCGUCUAGUGGUGCAGAGCACAGCCACAGGCGGCAAGGGUGGCCAGGUUUCCCUGACAGUGCACGGCCCCCAGCAGGUGCACUCACCCCCUGAGCGGUCACCAGUGCAGGCCAACAGCUCCUCCAGCAAGACAGCCGCAGCCCCCGCGGGCACAGUGCCGCAGCAGCUGCCGGUCCAUGGCGUUCAGCAGAGUGUCCCCGUCACCCAAGAGAGGUCCGUGGUCCAAGCCACUCCACAGGCGCCCAAAGCCGGCCCUGUGCAGCAGCUCACGGUGCAGGGGCUCCAGCCAGUUCAUGUGGCCCAAGAGGUGCAGCAGCUCCAGCAGGUGCCUGUCCCACACGUGUACUCCAGCCAAGUGCAGUAUGUGGAGGGUGGUGACGCCAGCUACACGGCCAGUGCCAUCCGCUCCAGUACCUACCCCUACCCAGAGACGCCGCUGUACACCCAGACAGCGGGCACCAGCUACUACGAAGCUGCGGGCACUGCCGCCCAGGUCAGCACACCUGCCACCUCCCAGGCAGUGGCCAGCACCGGUUCCGUGCCCAUGUACGUGUCCGGCACCCAGGUGGUCACCAGCUCCACCAGCAGUGGGGGUGGGGCCAACAGUGGUGGCAGCGGCGGCAGCGGCGGCGGGGGAGGCGGUGGCGGUGGCGGGGGCGGUGGCGGCGGCGGCGGCGGCGGCGGCGGCGGCAGCGGCGGCAGCAGCGGAGCAGGAACCUAUGUGAUCCAGGGCGGCUACAUGCUGGGCAGUGCCAGCCAGUCCUACUCCCACACCACCCGUGCCUCGCCAGCCACUGUUCAGUGGCUCCUAGACAACUAUGAGACGGCAGAGGGGGUGAGCCUGCCGCGGAGCACCCUCUACUGCCACUACCUGCUGCACUGCCAGGAGCAGAAGCUGGAGCCCGUCAAUGCCGCUUCCUUCGGCAAGCUCAUCCGCUCUGUCUUCAUGGGUCUGCGCACCCGACGGCUUGGCACCAGGGGCAACUCUAAAUACCACUACUACGGCCUGCGCAUCAAGGCCAGCUCACCCCUGUUGCGGCUCAUGGAGGACCAGCAGCACAUGGCCAUGCGGGGCCAGCCCUUCUCACAGAAGCAAAGGCUCAAGCCCAUCCAGAAGAUGGAGGGCAUGACCAACGGUGUGGCCGUGGGGCCACAGCAGGCAACUGGGCUGUCUGACAUCAGCGCCCAGGUCCAGCAGUACCAGCAGUUCCUGGAUGCCUCGAGGAGUCUCCCUGAUUUCUCAGAGCUUGACUUCCAGGGCAAAGUGCUCCCCGAGGGCGUUGGGCCUGGGGACAUCAAGGCCUUCCAGGUCCUGUACCGGGAACACUGUGAGGCCAUUGUCGACGUUAUGGUGAACCUGCAGUUCACCCUGGUGGAGACGCUGUGGAAAACCUUCUGGAGGUACAACCUCAGUCAGCCCAACGAGGCGCCUCCACUGGCUGUGCAUGACGAGGCUGAGAAGCGGCUGCCCAAGGCCAGCCUGGUGCUCCUCUCCAAGUUUGAACCAGUGCUACAGUGGACCAAGCACUGUGACAACGUGCUGUACCAGGGCCUGGUGGAGAUCCUCAUCCCUGAUGUGCUGCGGCCCAUCCCCAGUGCCUUGACCCAAGCGAUCCGGAACUUUGCCAAGAGCCUGGAGAGCUGGCUCACCCAUGCCAUGGUGAACAUCCCUGAGGAGAUGCUGCGUGUGAAGGUGGCAGCAGCCGGCGCCUUUGCGCAGACGCUGCGACGCUACACGUCGCUCAAUCACUUGGCGCAGGCAGCCCGCGCGGUGCUGCAGAACACCGCGCAGAUCAACCAGAUGCUGAGCGACCUCAACCGCGUGGACUUCGCCAACGUGCAAGAGCAGGCCUCGUGGGUGUGCCGCUGCGAGGACCGCGUGGUGCAGCGGCUGGAGCAGGACUUCAAGGUGACCCUGCAGCAGCAGAACUCACUGGAGCAGUGGGCGGCCUGGCUGGACGGCGUCGUGAGCCAGGUGCUUAAGCCCUACCAGGGCAGCGCCGGCUUCCCCAAGGCCGCCAAGCUCUUCCUCCUCAAGUGGUCCUUCUACAGCUCCAUGGUGAUCCGGGACCUGACCCUGCGAAGCGCUGCCAGCUUUGGUUCUUUCCACCUCAUCCGGCUGCUCUACGACGAGUACAUGUACUACCUGAUCGAGCAUCGAGUGGCCCAGGCCAAGGGCGAGACCCCAAUCGCGGUCAUGGGCGAGUUCGCCAACCUGACCACCUCGCUGAACCCCCUAGAUCCGGACAAAGACGAAGAGGAGGAGGAAGAGGAGGAGAGCGAGGAUGAGCUGCCACAAGACAUCUCGCUGGCGGCCGGCGGCGAGUCGCCCGCGCUGGGCCCUGACGCCCUGGAGCCGCCUGCCAAGUUGGCACGGACAGACGCGCGUGGACUCUUCGUGCAGGCGCUGCCCUCCAGCUAAGCCCGCGGCCUCCCCUGCCCCGCCCGCCC